UAGUGUUUCGAGCUUUGAGCUUUGUUUUGUUCUGAAGAUUGAGAAACUGGAAUUUUCACUGUAUUCAUCCUGAGAUGCUUAGAUCCUUAAUUAAGUUGCUGGCGACCUCAUCUUGUGCUCAGUGGCUUGCAUUUUGACUAAAACAGUUAGGAUGAAGCUGUGGGGUAGAGAGAGGACAGGCAUAAGGAAAACAGAAGAACUGGGGAUGCCAACCAGGACUUGAUGAGCUAUCUUCUAGCAGCACAGUUAGAGGGACUUGGAUGCGAACUUGAAAGAAUGGACAGGCUACAAGCACUCACCUCUGGGAAGCUGUGUGGUCUGAGAGUUUCUGUUACUAUGGCAAUGACGGCAGGGAGCGCAACCACCUUUCCUAUGAGCAACCAUACCCGGGAGAGAGUGACUGUAGCCAAGCUCACACUGGAGAAUUUUUACAGCAACCUGAUUCUACAGCAUGAAGAGCGAGAAACCAGGCAGAAGAAAUUGGAAGUGGCCAUGGAAGAAGAAGGCCUGGCAGAUGAAGAGAAAAAGUUGCGCCGAUCACAGCAUGCUCGCAAAGAAACAGAGUUCUUGCGGCUCAAGAGGACUCGCCUGGGCCUGGAUGACUUCGAGUCUCUGAAGGUCAUAGGAAGAGGAGCUUUUGGAGAGGUGCGAUUGGUCCAAAAGAAAGACACGGGUCAUAUCUAUGCCAUGAAGAUAUUAAGAAAGGCUGAUAUGCUUGAAAAAGAGCAGGUGGCCCAUAUCCGAGCAGAGAGAGAUAUUUUGGUAGAAGCAGAUGGUGCCUGGGUGGUGAAGAUGUUUUACAGCUUUCAGGAUAAGAGGAAUCUUUAUCUCAUCAUGGAAUUUCUUCCUGGAGGUGACAUGAUGACGUUGCUAAUGAAGAAAGACACCCUGACAGAAGAGGAGACACAGUUCUACAUUUCAGAGACUGUUCUAGCAAUAGAUGCGAUCCACCAGUUGGGCUUCAUCCAUCGGGAUAUUAAACCAGACAACCUUUUAUUGGACGCCAAGGGUCAUGUAAAAUUAUCGGAUUUUGGUUUAUGCACAGGAUUAAAGAAAGCUCACAGGACUGAAUUCUACAGAAAUCUCACACACAACCCACCAAGUGACUUCUCUUUUCAGAACAUGAAUUCAAAGAGGAAAGCAGAAACGUGGAAGAAGAACAGGAGGCAGCUGGCGUAUUCCACGGUUGGGACACCAGACUACAUCGCUCCAGAAGUGUUCAUGCAGACUGGCUACAACAAGCUAUGUGACUGGUGGUCUCUGGGAGUGAUUAUGUAUGAAAUGCUAAUAGGGUACCCCCCUUUCUGCUCUGAAACACCUCAAGAAACAUACAGAAAGGUGAUGAACUGGAAAGAGACGCUGGUGUUUCCUCCAGAGGUGCCCAUAUCCGAGAAAGCCAAGGACUUAAUUCUCAGAUUUUGUAUUGACUCUGAAAACAGAAUUGGAAAUAGUGGAGUAGAAGAGAUAAAAGGGCACCCCUUUUUUGAAGGUGUAGACUGGGGGCACAUCAGGGAAAGGCCAGCAGCAAUCCCCAUAGAAAUCAAAAGUAUUGAUGACACUUCAAAUUUUGAUGACUUCCCUGAAUCUGAUAUUUUACAACCAGUGCCAAACACCACAGAAGCAGACUACAAGUCCAAAGACUGGGUUUUUCUCAAUUAUACCUAUAAAAGAUUUGAGGGGCUGACUCAGCGAGGCUCCAUCCCUACCUACAUGAAAGCUGGAAAGUUAUGAGCGAAGAUGGCAUUCACCCACAGCCAAGAGAACUCAGGUAGCUGCAUCACCAGGCUUGCUUGGCAUAGGGCACAGCACACAGAAACACUCCUGAGGACGGAUGGUGGUGCUCUCUGACUACAAGAGGAAAUUCUACGGGAUUAGGAUUUCUAAGACUACUACAGGAAUUGGUUGGCAGUGCCAGCUGGCUUUUUUUUUUAUAUAUUUUAUUCUUUUUAACUUUAUUAUAUAAAGGUACUGGAAUACAAGGAAUGUGCAUCCCUCUCUUAGUGCACUGCCUACCCGUGUAUUAAGGUCCAGUCUGCCUGUGUGUGCCAUGGCUUUGAACUGUAACACCUCUGAUCAGUUCAGGAGAUCACAUAUCACUUAAAGCAACAUAGGCUAACCUGUAGGUGACACUGCAGUCCUGCUGUUUUCCUGCAAAUCCUAAGGGUUUAGAUAAUCAGUAAAAGCCAUCUUCCAUAGUUGGUGUUAGAACAUUUGCCCUAUUGGUUUGAACAUCUAUAGAAUAUAUAUGAAGAAAUUUCUGUAAUGGUUUCAUGAAAUCUAAGGAGAAAAUACACUGGUUGUUUUAAGCAAUUAGAAUUUAUCAUCCAGUUAUUACACAAACACUACAGUAGGGUGUGACAAGAUCAUAAUAAGAAAGAGGAAGUUUAACACCUUCACUCAAGCAGUCUACUAAUGUAUUCACUUCGCAUUCAGAAAUACUGACCUUUAUAUAUGUAGUCUGUAUGCUAAUAGGGAGAUGUUCUGUGUCAUACAAAAUUGGAGUUGCUCUCCUGUGACAAGAGGACACAGCAUUAUUUUAAUUUGAUUCUGGUGAGUUAGAUUCAAGAAACAACUAUGACAGCUGCUGGUAGAACUAGUGUAUUUUUAUUAAACUAUUUUUUUAAAUGUCAGACUUCUGACAAAGCUACUGACUUUGGUUUUCUAGAAAGUUGUUCCAUAUCACAGCUGGUUAAGGUUCAGUCCCUUUGAUAGCACUUGUGUUCUGUGCUCCAAAUGUACCAAAGAUCCUGAACGGAGCGGACGGCCACCACCGAUGAGGAGUUGCCUUUACUUAAUUCAGACCAGACAGAUCCUUGUGAGGGCCAGCUCGUCCAAGAGCACUGCUGCUCAUGUUUAGCUCCAUCACAGUGGUUAGGGCAGACAGAAUUAAA